GACAGAUUGUGUUCUCAAACAGAAGUUUUCCGGUAAUAAACACGAGACAAUAUUGUACCAGACGUCCUUACGUAGGAGUUCGUAUUGUUUGGGACCAAAUGUGUCGUUUCUUGAGAGCGAAGCCUCUCGAAAACGACACCUUUUAGCGUUAGUGUGUCUUCACCCAGCAGAGUUGGCUACUUGGCAAGCAUGCUGAAUCACGUAGCUUGCCUUAACCUUUUCGUAAUAAUUACUACAAUGACGAAAUGAUACGUAACAAAAGAAAUCAUGGUUUCCAGUUUCAUCGACAUGUACUUAAAUGUUUCUUGUUUGCCUUUAGACAUCUUAAAAAGUAUUCAGUUAAAUGCCCCUGAUGUGUUUGAUUUUGCAGUGCGCGUUUUCAAAGUAAUAUGCGUUUGACAUUGACGAUGGUUGAGCUAAAGAUUAACUUAAAAAAAUGUCUAUGUAUAAGUAUGUGUUCUGCAGCUCUGGUAUACUGGGUUCGUUCUUGUAUUAAAGUUUUUCUGGAUAUUUUAAAUCGAGUUGUUAUUAAAAAGCCACAUUGGUGUAGACAGGAGCAUUUUCGGUACAAGAUAAUACCGUUGCGACCAUGAUUAUACGAUAGCUUGCUUUCUCUGUUUAGUCAGACAGUCUUUAGGUUAAUUCAAAUGUGGCAUUUUGUAUUUGUCAAGCAGACGGCAGACAAGAAAAAUAUUGAUGCUUGCCCGUAAAAACACUUUCUGCUUUUAUGGCUCGCAAAGUAACGGCUUAUAAUAACAUUUCGAGGGAUUGGCAAACUCGUCACGAGGCACGUUAACGUCUUUGUUGCGAGGUAUGUUUUGAUUCUAAAUUGUUUAAAAUCUAUUUUCAGCCCUUCAUAAAUGCUGUUUGUUUUGUGCUACAGUUUGCUAAGUGAACAGCCGAGGUCUUAACUACGGUACACAAAAGCACGUGUUACGUUUUAAAUUCGUCACUUAAAAAAAACACAUUAAAAGGGCAAGAAAGCAACGCACCCACAUAUAGCUGUUGACAGAUUCGGGCUCCCGGAAGUUAUUAAAGCAAAACCUAAUUUACAACGAGGUUUUUAUCACCUUAGGAAAACACCGCUUCGAUUCCAACCAAAAUGACAGGAUGGCCCGUUUUUUUCUUUAUUUAUACAUUCUUUUGGAUUCAACAAUCAAUGGUUAUGGGCGAGGAAACAAAAUCAGAGAACGUGUUCGAUAUUCAUACACGGAUGGUAGACGCUCACAACGCCCUCUUGCGAUACCAUUUGACGUCACCGGCAGAACUUGAACGCUCCUGUUUCAGCGGCAAGUGCGAAUACAAGAAAGUGCUAGAGCUCCUCAGUAACCCUGCACAAGCGGGACAAUACUGGAGUGUGCUAAACUGCGUCAAGUUUGGAAUCACAUGCGGUCACGACGGAGCAUGGCUGCCGUGGCAAAAAUGGGAGGAGUGUUCAGCCACUUGCGGAGUAGGAGAGCAGAUUCGUUGGCGAGAGUGUGAUCAGGUUGAGUUAUGGGGUGAAAGGUGCGAAUCUAGCUACACACAAGUAAGAAAUUGUACUCGUGUUCUACCAAUGCACUGCGCAGAAAACCCUUCCAAACCUGACACCUGGGGAGGCUGGGAAGAGUGGAGUGAUUGUGACGUCACGUGUGGUAACCAAGGUCGCGUCAACCGAUCACGUGAUUGCCUUCCAUUCCACGACGAAUCGUUUUGCGUUGGUGAUAGUACAGAGUCGAGAGGUUGUGCACACAAACCAACUUGUCCUGUUGACGGCGGUUGGUCGAACUGGGAUGAGUGGUCCGGUUGUCAGGUGAUGACGUGCGGUCGAGGUUGGCGCAUGCGCACAAGGUCUUGCACCAAUCCGCGCGCAAAGGGAACUGGGAAACUGUGUCCUGGCCCAUCAUCCCAACAUUUAGCAUGCGAGGGUGAGCCAUGUAUUGUUUCAGAACGACCAAUCAUUGCUCAUAUAACUGAACAUAGCUCUAUUCUUUACCCCGAUCAACCCCCAGCUUCUUUCCUCUCUGUUGUCCUCCGAUUUCGACCAAUAAGUUCGCAAGGCACUUUGCUUCGUUACAGCGGAAUUUCAAAGGAUUACGUCACCCCGACAACGUCACAACUUGUCACCGUCGAAAAUCCAACUACAAAAGCUAAAAAAUUUAACGAUGAUUUCGUUGUACUGAAACUGGAUACAAGCGGCCAUGUUACGAUGACGUCAUCCAUCAAUGGAUCUGACCUCGUGAAAAUCGAAUGCGGAAAGUUUAAGGUCGCAGAGUGGAACGUUGUGCGAUUUCUGAUGGUCAGUGACGUCAUCAACGUCCGGGUAAACAACGGCGAAAACAUGAUUGCCACUCUUCAAGACACGCCAGGGAAAAAUCCUGCAACAUUGAAUAACUCGUCAGCAAACUGGUGGAACGGAUUGUGGGGAUUUAUUGACGGAAAGUCCGCCCAAGCUUCGAAAGCGUUGCUUCGAACCCGAGCUAUUCUUCCCUCAUUUCGUGGGACUCUGGGCUUAGGAAAAGUGCGUAACACUGAAGUUGGUGUUAGAGGUUACAUUUCCCGGCUGCGAGUAAACUAUGAAGAUUUUAGUUUCACAACCGUUAGUAAUUCCCCAAGACCAAAACACGCACGACCUCUUGCUAACAAAGGAGUUGAACUUCUAUCCACCAAUGAAAACCACAGACCAGAAGGAGCAAGACUUUUAUAUUUCAAUGGACAGACAAGGGUCCACAUUCCGUUUACACUUAAGUGGUGGAGUGACCAUGGAGAACCGUUCACCUAUACAGAUAAUUUUACCUAUAGUGACGUCACAAGCUAUGACCUCGCGACCCUUGAAGUGACCUUUAAACCUUACCACAAAGAUGGAAUAAUUUUGUGGAACAGGGGAUCUAAAGACAGGGCGAGUCAGUUAAAGCUGACAAUAGAAGACGGAAAACGAGCAAAGUUUGUCGCCGCUCAUGGAGGACUGAUGAAGAUGUUACUAAGUGAUGACGUCAUUCGAAUACGUCAGUGGAACAAAAUCGUCCUACAAUUUUUAAGGGAUGGAGAAACGAGAAUGCGAGUAAACAAUGGAGCGAUUCGAACCGUUGUGAUUCCGACGAUCACGGAACAAAACAAGCCAGGGUUGAUACUGGUGUUGGGAGGCGCCCGAAAGAAUCUGUUCGAGUACAAUGUCGCGCGACCCCUUAGCGCCACUGAGCGGACGGGUGCGCCUUUCAGAGGUUACAUAUUCAGCUUGAAGCAAAAUGGCAUCGAAACAAUGAUUGACGGGCGUGGAAAUAUUGACGUAGAAGGCCGACUCACGUCACUCUUUGCAACUAAACCAAUAUCGUGGAAAUUCUGGUAUUUUGCACCAAUCACUACAGAAGAUACGUCACAAACUACUUCUCGUCAGUUGCAUUGCUUCUUGCCUUUGUCGAGUGACGUUACGUCGUCGAUCACGUGGUUUAAAGAUGAAAUUCCGGUAGCGGGGAACCCUCAAUUUGCGGUACAACAUACAACAACAGCUAGCCAGAUUCAAUCUACGCUAAUUUUGAACCCGUCGGUUGAAGACAGUAGAGAUAAGUCCGGUGCUUUCUCGUGUGUUGCGAAAAGUGGUAACAAAAUCUGGGUGAUAAUCAACCACGUGGUGGCGGUAGUGAACGCAGAAAUUAUUGCUCCUGGAGGGGCAGCAUCUGUACUGAACUUUAUAAAGAAAACAACCGGUGUAUCCGACACUCUUGCAAUUUACAUUGCGCUCGGGUCUGUGUCAGGUCUCUGCGUUGUCAUCAUUUUACUCGUCAGUGUAAAGAACUAUUGGAAGAAAAGAGUACAGCAGAAAAGAAAACUGCUGAACAGCAAGAAAACUGCGCCAAGUUCUGAAAGAAAACCGCUCGUCAAAAAAAAGUUUAAGUCAAAAAAGCGACGUCAGCCAAAACCAAGUACCGGUGGGCGUGGCCAGGAAGAGGACGAUGUUGAUUGGCUGCUGCAAGCUGAGAUUGAUAAAGACGUGGAUGAUGUUGAUUUAUACGAAGACACAAUUUACAUGUGAAAAAGAAAUUCUAUUUACAAUGGACUCUUCAAAGAAACGAAACUGAAAAACUGUGCAUUUUGUGAAACGAAUACACCGCAGAAUGUUUUAUUUAA